CCGUCACAAUAACAACAGCUGGAAGCAGCUAAAGAUGGCCGCCGCAACCAUGGCGGGGCUCGACCAUGGGCUCGACGCCCACAGGAUGGAGGAAAAGAAGUUCGAAUAUUUCUCCUCUAUCAACUCCAUGGCAAAGAAAAUAAUGCAGGAGAGGGAGAAAAUCAAAGCCAACCACGGCUCGUCCUGGGAGAAAAUGACGCCGCAAGAGCAAGACAGCGCUAUCGACAACGGGAUGAUGGAUCCCCAUAUCCGAGCUCGAUACGCCAUGCACAGAGUUGACCGUGAAGAAGUGGUCUGUUACCCUAAACUGCUCAUUCAGACGGGUCAGAAGAUAGUUCAUUUCGGGGAAGAGGAUAUUACCUGGCAAGAUGAGCAUUCUGCCCCUUUCUCGUGGGAAACAAAGAGCCAGUUGGACUUCAGCUUGACAUCAGGCCCUGUUGACCAGGGAAUCUCAGCCUCGCAGGCAGACUUAAAGGCUGUAAAGGUACCUCAUUCCAGCCAGCUUGCCAAGAGUACACCAGGAGCUAAGGUGUCUGUAAGCGAGGGACGGAGACUAGAGGAAGAGUCGUCUUUCUGGAAGAUCAGCGCCGAGAGGUCUAGGCUGGAGGGAGAGCAAGCCAACUUCCAGUCCCUAACCCCCAGCCAGAUCAAAUCCCUCGAGAAAGGAGAGAAAUCCCUCCCCUCCUACCUCCGACAGGAGACCUCUGUCACCACCAAGGAGCCUGAGGCAGCAGACCCCCACCCUCCAGCUGCUUCCAGGUCCACCAAACAGCGAGCACCCAAACCUCCUGCUCCCCACCCCCCUAUCCCUGUCUCUGUAAGCGCAACACCAUCCAUCUCCAUUUCGUCAAGCCCAUCACCGCCUGUCAGCGUGUCGUCGUCCGUUGCAGGAUGGGAGCGAUCUCAGAGCACCCUGCCAUCGGUCAGCAACACCGUGGAUGAGGUGUUCUCCACCAGCAUGAUGUCCAAGCCCUCCAACCACCCCGCCAGUGUGGAGAAAGAGGAAGAAGGUUCUACUGCCAGCCCCGCCUUUGCCCAGUUCAACACAAGCAACAACAUCCUGAAGACUGGAUUCGACUUCCUAGACAACUGGUAAACCACAGUCGAGGCCAGUCACCGCUAUCUACGAAUGAAUCAUUCUGAUCAUCACUCUAAAGAAGGACCACGCUGCCAUGACCACAGACAUCCACGUCUGGGUGUAACAAACACCAGGCUUUAGAAAUGACCACCAUUAUAUUGUUGUAAUUCUCUUCAGUGGCUUGUUAAGACAUUAUCUCACUCCCUCUCCCUCUCUUGAUUUAGGUUUGAAUCUCUUGGAUGUCUUGCCAAACACCCCCUACCCACUAAAUGCUGACUGAGCAGGGAUUGUGCCCCCUGUCUGUGCAUUCACACUGCAAUAUCUUGGUUGGAAGAUUACAUAAGAGUUUGGAACUGCGUUAAAAAUAUAAUAUAUGUCAUAAAGAAAUUUAGGAGCUAGCUACAGCUGCAACUGCGCCCCAAGGAUAGUUGUCCUCUUUUUACCCUGAAGUCUCUUAAAAUAAAGCAAGGCCGGGGGAUAAAGUAGUUUGGAAAUCAAAUGGUUUAUUAGCCAACACCAAUAAAAAGUUCAGCAGUGGA